AUGCUUCUUUCUCUCCCCGCAGGUGUUGUCCUGGCUCCGGCCAAGAUUGUCUCCAGAGGAGGCAACCCCUGGGUGGCCGUCCUCUACACCUGGGGCCUCGCACAGCUGGUGCUCCUGGUGGGGAAACUCAACACCAUCGCUGGCAUCGUCACCGUCUUCUACCUGGUGGCCUAUGCCGCCGUUGACCUGGCCUGCCUGGCGCUCGAGUGGGCCUCGGCCCCCAACUUCCGCCCCACCUUCCAGCUCUUCUCCUGGCACACCUGCCUUCUUGGCAUCGUCUCCUGCCUGGUGAUGAUGUUCCUGAUCAGCCCGGCGGGGGCCUCGGGGAGCCUGGGGCUGAUGCUCCUCCUGUUGGGCUUCAUCCACCUCCGCUCGGCCGCCUCUUCCUGGGGCUACAUCAGCCAGGCGCUCAUCUUCCACCAGGCGGGAUGAAACCCAACACGCUGGUCCUCGGUUUCUAUGACGACUGCGUGCCUGAGGAUUACUUCCUGCAGGACCCGGCCUUCAGCCAAGCCCGGGAGAACGACGAGUUCGGGGUGGACCUGGCGGCCCUGCAAGCCCACUUCCCCCCCGUGCGGGUGACGGCCAACCAGCGGGCCCUGAAGCCCUCCGAGUACGUGGCCAUCGUCUCGGACGCGGUGAAGAUGCACAAGAACGUGUGCCUGGCCCGCUACUUCCACCUGUUGGACAAGGACCUGCUCUCCGCUUCGGCGUCCAAGAGGCGCCUGGAAGGCCGCUACAUCGACGUCUGGCCCCUCAACCUCCUGCGCCCCGACACGCCCACCUACGUGGACAUCUGCAGCCUCUUCCUCCUCCAGAUGGCCUGCAUCCUCACCAUGGUCAGCUCCUGGAAGGGGGCCCGGCUGCGACUCUUCAUCUGCGUGGAGUCGGGGGACGGCGGCUGGGUGAGCAAGGAGGAGAAGCUGCGGGAGCUGCUGACCAAGCUGAGGAUCAAGGCCACCAUCAAGAUCGUGACCUGGGACCAAGUGGCCAGCUGCCAGAGCCACCCGCAGCCUCCGGGCACUGGGCCGAGCCCCGUUGAGGUUCAGGCUCCCCCGGAGGCUCUCCCCACGGAGAAGCGCUCGGGGGAAACCUUCCUCAACGCGGCCACCUUCCGUGUGACUGACGAGUACUUGGCUUCGGUCAACGAGCUUCUGCGGAAGCAAGGCGGUCAGACGGCCGUGCGGUUCCUCUACCUGCCGCGUCCCCCCGCCGACACCUCUCAGUACGAGCGCUACCUGGAGCAGCUGGAGAUUCUCACCACCGACCUGGGGCCCACGCUGCUGAUCCACGGGCUGACCCCCGUCACAUGCACCGAACUGUAAGUGGCCGGCAGCGGGCCCCGCAGUCGUGACCGGCAGCGACUCUAAAACGCCUUGUCGCCGAUGAACAAAACGUGCCUUUGUCUCUGGAGUGGGGGAGUGGAGAAGUGAGGAGGAAGCCGGGCCGAGCAUGGCUGGGCUGAAGAUGUGGGGGGAGAAGGGGACAUUUGGGGCAGCUGAGAAGGCCUGCCGAAUCAGGAGAGGAGGAACAAGGGCUGAGUUCUGCAGGACACAAACGUCUUCCACUAUUUCGGGACACUUUUCGUCUUAAUGGACCUGAGGGUCCCAGCCGGGAGAUCUUCCUGUACCCCUGGAGGCCCGAGGGCUUCUUCUCAGCUCUCCCCCAGAUUUCCAGAGCCGGGAAUUAUUUCCUCAUCCGUUUCCUUGUGCGAGAAGGCCGAGAGGACAAGCGGGCACCGAUAUUCGGGUGAAGGAAACGUCUUCCAAGCCCUUUGGAUUUCAAGGCGAUUUUGUCCUCAACCAGAGGUCUGUGCUGGCUUGGCCAAGGCUACCGGCUUCCCCAGGUGUGGAAUUACAACGCCCCCAUCCAUCAUCGCGGGCCACUCCAGGGUGGCUGCGUUGGCGGGAACGAUGGGAUUUGCGGCGCGGCUCUACCAAGAAGUGCAUUCGGUGUCAUUGGGGAAACCGUUUGGAUGGGGGGGACGUUGUGUGAAGCUUCCGAUUUGAGUUUGAGGUGGGUCGUUUCUGGGCGUGCUUUGAACCCGGGACAGCCCUGCCUCUGGCUCGCACAUCUUUGUGUUCCGAGUGGUUGAAACAACCCCUUUCAGAGGCCUUGAUCGAAAGCAGUCCAGAUUGAGCGAGACGUCCUUUUCGGCAGCCACCCCUCCUUCAGCUGGAGCAGAACAGGUGGUUUGAGGGGAGAACCUCUUUGCACCCCAGUUCUCCCCCUCCCCCCAUGGAGGUCAAGGUUAAAGCGCCUUUGCCCCCCUCCCCAAGCCCUGGCUGGGGUCUCCACCCAUGCCAUUAGCAUAGCGGAUUAGAAAUGAAAACACGCUUAACAAAAAGGGACUUUUUAACUUCUUUCCUGCAAGCCAUGCUUCUACUAACCACUAACUGGCCCCG